GAGGGCUGGUUGAAGAAGACGCGGCGGCGCCUUUUUUUCGUCUUUUUUUGGGCUUGUUUUUCUUCUGAACUGAAGUCCAGCGUGGCGCCACCAUCCCAGCCUUCCCCCCCCCCCGCCUAUCAUACACUGUAGCGGGCAUUUUCUGUCCCGUCGGCUGCUUUGCGGCGCCGUCGUCGGUUGACACGUGGCACUCCUCUGCUUUUGAACAUUAGCUUUUAUCAAAUGGACUCGUUCUCCUCAGCUUCGUCUUCGAUGAGCGACAGCAUGCCGUCUAAUGACGUUGUGAUGGAUCAAGUCAAGCAACAACUGGCCCACGCGUAUGCCGAAGAAUUUUUCGCGACGGUGCGAGACAAGUGCUUUGCUAAAUGUGUUACAAAGCCAGGCAGUAGUUUGAGCAAUUCGGAAUCGAGUUGUAUUUCAAGAUGCGUUGAUCGGUACAUUGAGGCGACCGGAGUUGUGUCCAGAGCAGUUGUGUCUGGCCUAUCAAGGCAAUAAUAAUAAUAAUAAUAAUAAUAAUCAGAGUCAGGCAGGCAGGCAGGCAGGGAGGCAGGCAGGCAGGCAGACAUGCAGAUCGAUGGAGUGCCGUGGGCGUGUUUGCACUUUUUUUGCUUCGGUAAAGACAGUUCAUUCUGUGAUUGAGUGGUUUCUUGCAUGUCUGGCACCCCUGACUUUUUGAAGUUGUCGCCUUUUUUAGUUUGGUUUAUCCGUGUUUGCGUGUCUUCCGCUC